AUGGCAGCAACAGCCGAAACUCCGGUUAAUUAUGUGGGCAUCGCCAGACAGUCCGCGGCUUUCCGUCUCAUGAAGCAAAUGGGAUGGGAAGAAGGAGAAGGACUGGGCAGAGAAAAGCAGGGGAUCAAAGGAUACAUUCGAGUUAAGAACAAACAGGACACUACAGGUAUUGGGACAGAAAAGCCGAGUAACUGGGCAUUUGAUACAACUCAGUUUGAUAGUAUCCUCAAAAAGUUGAAAGUGCAAGCAGCCGAUACCAAGAAAAAUGAAGCGGAAGGAGAUGAUGGGCCACAAGAAGAUGCAGUUUCUAAGAUCUCAGCUGAUAGUCAAGAUACAGUUGUAAAGGCUACAAGGCCUCAAGGAAGAUACAAGAAAAGGGAGAGGGGAAAGCUUGUUCAUACGUAUUCUUCUCAGGAUCUUGAAGGGAUUCUUGUCAAAAGGACAGCAUCUCCAGAACUUGUGCCUGAGAUAGAUGUACGUGAAGUAAUCGAACAUGACAGCCAGAUAUCAGAUAUUGACGGAAAAGCAGAAGAACAAUAUCAAGUUGUUUCACCUGAGUGGUGGGGUUUUAAAUGGGGAUUUGUUUCUGGUGGUUUCCUUGGUGCUGAAGCUAGGAGGAAGAAGUUAAUGAAAAAUAAUGAAAAUGGCAAUGAAAGGGUUGCAUUCCAUGAAGAGGAUCAAGAAAAUCUUUAUAAUCUCGUCCAAGAUAAAGCCACUUCUGGUAAACAAGGGCUUGGGAUCAAAGACCGAACGAAGAAAAUUGCUGGGGUCUACUUUAAGGGUAAAAAGACUUCCUUUGAUGAUAGUGAUGAAGAGGAUUCCACUGAUUCACGUUCUUCUGCUAAAAGAAAACGUGAUGAUGAAUCAACGGACAAGAAUGACAGCUCAAAAGUGAAACUGAAAAAGCUGUGCCGACAGCUCCUUCAACAGGCUCCGGGAGAGUCAUUAAAGCUUAAGCAGCUUAAAGUUCUUGUUGAUGAACAUUCGUCCAAUGUUUUCUCAAAAUUUUCCUCUAAAAAGGAGGCGCUUGCUUACUUAAAGCAAAAGCUCGAUGGAAAUGGCAAGUGCAUGUACUUCCCCAAGAAAUUCAUGCUGAAAAGGAGAAAAAAUCAACACAAAAGAGUUGUGAUGCAAGUAACCGCUGAAGAACUCACUUCUGAUAAGUGGGCUUGGAGAAAAUAUGGCCAGAAACCUAUUAAGGGCUCACCCUAUCCAAGGAGUUAUUAUAGGUGUAGUAGUUCAAAGGGAUGCUUAGCAAGGAAGCAAGUGGAACAAAGCUGCACAAAUCCAGGCAUAUACAUCUUAACCUACACCGCCGAGCACUGCCAUAGCCAGCCAACUCGCCGGAACGCUCUUGCCGGAACCAUCAGGCAUAAGUUUGGCAGCAACCCGAAAAGCUCCUUAUGUACUACUACUACUACUACAAACCCGAAUUUAGGUGCAAAAAGUGGAGAUUCUGGAAUAUGCGGUACUACUUAUUCUCCAACUCCAAACUCUUUUCUUGCUGAAGAAGAAUCUGUUAUGAAACAGAUUAAAGAGGAAGAAUCUCAUCAUCAUCAUCAAAUGGAAAUGGCGGAUGAGCUGAUGAUGACCAGCCGGCCGGAAAGCAUUUUCGACGACGACUUCUUUUCUUGCUUGAAUGAUUUGGACGGAAUUGUCUCAGAAUUGAGGGAUGGGCACUCUUCAUCAUCAUCUGGAAAUGUUUCUUCUAAAUCUCACUAUUUGUAG